UUACAAGUUAGUACACGUAAACUUUUUUUUUUCAAAUAUCUUUUCUGAAACUCAUUUUGCCCUCCUCAAGUAAGUCGUUGUGAGACAACAGACAAUUUAUACCGUGAGAGCACAGCAAGCAAUGAUGAGUAAUGAGUUAUACUGAUGCACGCAUUCAAACCAAAGGCUCCCUACUUGUUGCUGCUGAAGUUCCCUGCCUACAAAACAGUCAAAACCCGGUGGCUGGUAUUGUUACCACCAUCACCUUCUUCAGCCACCGCCACCCACUCAUUCAAUAGCCACAUCAACUACCUUUCCUCCCAAGGCUCCCACCGCCAAGUCCUCCUCACCUAUGCCUCCAUGCUCCAUUCCCAAGUCCCUUCUGAUCCCUUCACCUUCCCCACCCUCCUCAAAGCAUGUUCCUCCCUCAACCUCUUCCCCCUUGGCCUCCUCCUCCACCAACGCAUCGUUCUUCUUGGCUUCUCCCUUGAUCCUUACAUAGCUUCUUCUUUGAUCACUUUCUAUGUCAAAUUCGGGUUCCCUGAUGUUGCUCGCAAAGUGUUCGAUUUUAUGCCUCACAGAAACGUUGUUCCUUGGACUACCAUUAUUGGCUGCUAUUCCCGCGGUGGUCGUGUUCUUGAGGCUUUUUCCUUGUUUGGUGAGAUGUGUUGGCAAGGAAUUCAGCCCACUAGUGUUACAUUGCUAAGCUUGCUCUCUGGAGUUUCAGAGAUUGCUCAAGUGCGGUGUUUGCAUGGCCAGAUUUUGAGAGGUGGUUUUCACUUGGAUGCACAUAUUGAAACAUCACUGAUUGUAGCUUACUUGAAAGGUGGGAACGUCGACACUGCUUUCAAAAUAUUUGAAAGGAGUUUGGAUAGGGAUGUAGUUUUGUGGACCGCGAUGAUAUCAGGCCUUGUAAAGAAUGAUUCUGCUGAUAAGGCACUGUGUGUGUUCCGCCAAAUGUUGAAUCUCGGAGUGAAAGCAUCUAGUGCUACUAUGGCCAGUGUAAUUACAGCAUGUGGUCAACUUGGGUCUAUUCAUUUGGGGGCAUCCGUUCAUGGUUACAUAAUGAGGCAAGAAUUGUCAUUGGAUGGUGCCGCUCAAAACUCUCUUGUUGCCAUGUAUGCAAAGUGUGGUCACUUGGACCAGAGUUCCAUUGUAUUUGAUAGGAUGGGCAAAAGGGAUUUGGUUUCUUGGAACACAAUAAUCAGUGGAUAUGCCCAAAAUGGCUAUGUAUGUAAGGCAUUGUUGCUUUUCAAUGAAAUGAGGAGUGAUCAUCAAAACCCUGAUUCAAUAACCAUUGUCUCCCUCCUCCAAGGCUGCGCGUCAACCGGACAACUUCACUUGGGAAGAUGGAUACACGGCUAUGUUGUAAGAAACGUCCUUCAGCCGUGCAUCUUAGUGGACACUUCUUUGGUAGACAUGUACUGCAAAUGCGGCGAUUUGGAUGCCGCUCAACGGUGUUUCAACCAGAUGCCAUAUCAUGACUUGGUGUCAUGGAGUGCGAUAAUUGCAGGGUACGGCUAUCAUGGCAAAGGAGAAACUGCAUUUAAGUUAUACUCAGAAUUCCUGAAAACUGGAAUUAAACCAAAUCAUGUGAUGUUCUUGUCGGUUCUAUCUUCUUGUAGUCAUAAUGGACUUGUAGACCAAGGAUUGACCAUAUACAAAUCAAUGACUAGAGAUUUUGGAAUUGCACCAAAUCUUGAACACCAUGCUUGUGUGGUUGAUCUCCUCAGUCGAGCAGGGAGGGUCGAGGAGGGGUAUAACCUAUACCGAAAAGUAUUCUUAAGGCCUCAUCUAGAUGUUUUAGGCAUAAUCCUUGAUGCAUGUCGAGCACAUGGUAAUAAGGAACUUGGUGAUGCAAUCGCCAAUGACAUUCUCAUGCUGAGACCUAUGAGUGCAGGGCAUUAUGUACAACUUGCACAUUGCUAUGCUUCAAUAAACAAGUGGGAAGAAGUGGGUGAGGCAUGGAAUCAUAUGAGAUCUCUUGGAUUGAGGAAAAUUCCUGGCUGGAGUUUCAUUGACAUAAAUGGGGCCAUAACUACAUUUUUCACAGAUCACAACUCGCACCCCCUGUUUCAGGAAAUAAUGUUUGCACUAAAAGUUUUGAGGAAGCAAAUGAUCAAAAUGGAGGAAGUUAGCAUUAACCUUGAAAGCAAUCACAUAUAUAACAAUUGUGUAUGUCUGAAAAGUAAAAACAGCGGCAUUUCCUUGAACGGCUGCGAUGUUUUGGAUUUCCAAUGAAGACUUUAAUCCAUGACACCCCUUUUUUUGUUCUUUACCUUUUUCUCUCUUAUUAUUAUUUCCAAUGAAGAUGAUUCGUUAUUUACAUCCCUCUGCUUCUUGCCAUGAAGAGCUGCAGGCAUUCAGCAAUCUUCUUCUAUACAUAAAACGAAAGGAACAUGUUGUAUUCUCUUUUCUAGUAUGAUUUUACUAAUAUUGUUCA